GCUUCCAUUAACUCUAAUGCUUCAUUUCUGUUUUUCUUCAGUGCUUUGUCAUCUGUGGUGGCUUUAGGAGCAAACAUAAUCUGCAACAAAAUCCCAGGGUUGGCCCCACGGCAACGAGCAAUCUGCCAAAGCCGUCCUGAUGCCAUUAUAGUGAUCGGAGAAGGGGCCCAGAUGGGAAUCAAUGAAUGCCAGUACCAAUUCCGAUAUGGCAGGUGGAACUGUUCAGCACUGGGAGAGAAAACAGUCUUCGGUCAAGAGCUUCGAGUAGGAAGCAGGGAAGCUGCUUUCACCUAUGCCAUCACUGCUGCUGGGGUUGCACAUGCCGUCACUGCUGCCUGCAGCCAGGGAAACCUCAGCAAUUGUGGCUGUGACAGAGAGAAACAAGGUUAUUACAACCAAGAGGAAGGGUGGAAAUGGGGAGGCUGCUCCGCUGAUAUCAGAUACGGCAUUGAAUUCUCCAGGAGGUUUGUUGAUGCCAGAGAAAUCAAAAAGAAUGCUCGGAGACUGAUGAACUUACACAACAAUGAGGCUGGAAGAAAGGUGCUUGAAGAGAGGAUGAAACUGGAAUGCAAAUGUCAUGGGGUUUCUGGGUCUUGUACAACUAAGACCUGUUGGACUACACUUCCGAAAUUCAGAGAGAUUGGAUAUAUUUUGAAAGAAAAAUACAAUGCUGCUGUGCAAGUGGAAGUGGUACGAGCUAGCAGGCUUAGACAACCUACCUUUCUAAAGAUCAAGAAGAUCAGAAGUUACCAGAAGCCAAUGGAAACAGAUUUGGUAUAUAUAGAUAAGUCACCAAACUACUGCGAAGAAGAUGCUUCCACCGGGAGUGUGGGGACACAGGGACGGCUCUGCAACCGUACCUCACCCAGUGCUGAUGGGUGCGACAUGAUGUGCUGUGGAAGGGGUUACAACACCCAUCAGUACACCAAAGUUUGGCAGUGUAACUGCAAGUUCCACUGGUGCUGCUUUGUGAAAUGCAACACAUGUAGCGAGCGGACAGAGGUGUUCACCUGUAAAUAA